CUGCCCCGGAGCUCCGCAGUCAGGAAAACACGCCGAAAAUCGAACCGAAAAGGUGUGUAAUCAACACACUUCUCAAUCGAUCGAGUGUGUGAUCGCUGUUGAAUUGCUCGCUGGGCAGCAAAGGAAGGCGGGAGCGAGCUGAAAAUGCUUUGUAACUUCUCUUUGGGUCGCUGCGCCUAUUUCGCUCCUUGCCGCUGAAGCACCAGGUUUCUGGACCUUAAUACGUUUAAGGACAGUAUGUCUGACAGCCAUCAAAAUAAGAGGAGAAGCAAAAAAGGUUGUGGAAGUGUUGGUGCCUUUCAGGAUGCAGAGCAGACAAUGGAAGAAAUGCAUCAGUCAUACAAAGCUCCAGGAAAAACCAGCCAAACAGCACCAACAUCCAGACCAUGGCCAGACCAAGAAGUGGCACAUUUUCCAAGUAAAAAUCCAUUUACAGUGCAGAGGGGACAUCACACUUCUUUACCUUUCUUCCCAAAGAAAGGCAACCUGGGAUAUGCCUUUGACUUCAGCUUUCUGCUACAGACCUCGUGUCCAGAAUACAACAUUUUGAAGUCAUUUGUGGAUUUAGAGACUUUUCAGAUAAUGAAAGCACAAACACAACAAAGGCUAAAUGUAACAAUGCUAAAAACCAGGAACAAGAGAUCUAAGUUUCAUUUGCCACCAGUGACAUGUGAGCCUGUAAGAACAAUUCAUCUUGCUCCUCUAGAGGAUGGUAUUGUCAAUGAAAGCAGCAACAUCAGAAAUAUUUUAAAUAUUAUGAACUCUGUUCCUCAGCCUAUAAAAUCGGUUACCAAAUUUUAUCAUCAUCAGUUAGACAGCCUAUUCAAAAGGCACAGUGAAAAGUCAUCAGACUUGAUUGUGGCUACAAUUUCUGGUAAGUUCACUCCAGCAGAAGACCUGUGCUGCUUCAGCAUGAGGAACUGCUCUAAGCACCCCAACAACAAGAAGGAAGGAAUUCAAAGCCAUUUGAAAUACAGGGAGGCUGAUGUAGGUGCCCCCACUGACAGGAAUGAGCAGGUGGAGUUGCAGUGCUCAGUGGUUUGUGAGAACAUGGAUCCUGUGGGCCUGGCCAGGCUCUGUGGUGACACUCACCACCACCUGAGCUCAAGUGAUGCUCUGGUCAGCUGUGGUAGAGCUCACACAGCAUUUACCACCUCGAGCAGCAGCGAUGCCUCGAGAGCUGGCAACCAGCAGAGGGGAGCAGGGAAUUGCUGCAGCCCUGGCCCAGAAGAAGGAAACCCUGCAGAGGUGGCACUGGAUUGUGCACCACGUGGAGGUGCUGAAAGUGCAAACUCUGGGCUUGGCAAUCGUGAUGUAGAUCCUUCUUGUGGAAAUGAAGUGACAGGGGCCUACCAUGCCUUAGAAGAUAAUUCUGUAGCUGCAGUAAUUCCCACAGUAGAAGUUCAAGAUCCCUCUGGAAAACAAACAGAAAAUCACAUCUGUCCCUCUGAAUCUGAAAUGGAAAAAGCAGCAGUGUCAGAAGCAAUUCCAGAAGACCAAAGUGAGCUUGUACCUGCUGUUCAUGUUCCAUUCUCUGAGCAAGAGCCAGCCAGGGAACCACACACUGCUAAACAACCCCCCCCAAAAGAGAGUGGUGGUACUCAGAGCUUCAGCGCUCUUGCUCACAAAGAAAGUGACAAAAAUAAAAGAAAGAUUAAUAGAAAUAAAUAUUCAUCCAAAUCUAAAGCUAAUAACAAGCUAAAGAUGUCUAAAGGCUUCGUUGUUUCUGAUGAGAUUACCGCAAAAUGUAAUGCCAAGAGUCAAAUUUUUCCUUCUUUAGAACUGCCACAGGGGAAAUCUGAGACUUCCCUGAAGGGUCAGAAAAAAAACCCUCAAGGAGACAAGGGUCGUUCUUCUCAAAGUGCUCAGAAACCUAAAAAGCAAAGUCUCUCCUGCAGCUGCAGAAGUUCAGCUGUGUUAAAGAAAAGUGUUACUCCACUUUCUCUGCCUCAUGCACCAUCUGCCUCCGAUUUUGGAGACCUGAAAUACAGUGACAUGUUCAAGCAAAUCAACUCAGAUGACCAAGGGCCGGGGAUUUACGAAAUGUUUGGAACUCCCGUGUAUUCCCACGCACGGGAGCUCGAGCGCCACGAGAGCAGGUUUUAUAAAAGUCUUUGUUCUGCUCCCUCGGGGACAGGCACUGCCAGCACCUGCAGAUGUACCUGCCCCAGAGGGAGGGAGAGCAGCAGGGGAAGAAACACUCCAAAGAAAACACAUCCCAAACCGAAGCAGACGAAACCCAGCACUAAACAAAAGCAGAAAGGUUCAGUCCCAAAGGAUGGAAGUACCAAGCUGAGUGACAGCAACACAGAGCAAGAGAAGGUGGUAACUUCUGAUGCAGAGUUUCAAACAAACACGUCAAGGAGCACGGCAUUGUCUCAUGGAGACACAGACCACCAGCUUAUGUCUUUAGAAGAGCUUUCUCAGUCAACCAAGCAAAAUGAAAUUUUUUCAAAUUCAAACUUAUCAACUAUCAAAGAAGUUACUUUGGAGCAGUCUUUAGACAGCCAGGAUGUGUCCAACCAUCAGAGAGCUGCUCCCUGUAGCCAGGAUCUUCUUCAGCUCAGUGCUGAAGACUGCAGAGACUGUGUUGCUGCAAGGAGCAGUCUGCUACCAACAGACCAGAACAUCGGUGUGUCCCAGUGCAGGGGGGAAGGGGAUGGUGGCAAAGGCCUGGAAUCACACCAGGCCUCCUUCAAGUCUGUCCAGAAAUGUGAAGCUUCAUCCUUUUCAGAUAGACUGGAGUGUCAAUCCCCUACAGAGAAAUCAAAUCACAGUUGGACCAACACCCCCCAAAAUAGUGUUUUAGCAAAUGAAUUGACUCAGCAGUCAGUGACUGGGACAGAAAGUGCUAAAAGCCUCAAUUUCCAGACAAGUCAAGACACUUUGUCCUGGACAGAUAAAGAUGUAACUGAUGAGUUGCUUUGUUGCCUGGCUGAGGAACUGCUAAUGCUUGAAGAAAAAGACAUCAACUCUGCAAGAACAAAAAAUACAGGUUCUGAAAUGCAAAGCACACCUACUGAAGAAGAAGAAAAUAUGAUGAGUGGAGAUGGAGCAAUAGUAAAUGAUGCUCUAGAGAAGAGUUGCAGUAAAGCCUUUUUGGCACCAAGUGAAGAAAGUGGCCUUCUAAACUUUGAUGAAUCUACUAAAUCACCGGGAAGCAGCUUAACUACCCAGGAUCCUAUCAAGUGGACAAGAGGGGAAGUCCUUGGGAAGGGAGCCUAUGGCACAGUGUACUGUGGUCUGACCAGCCAGGGCCAGUUAAUAGCUGUAAAACAGGUUGUUUUGGACACGUCGGAUCAACUCACUACAGAAAAGGAGUACCAGAAGUUUCACGAGGAAGUUGAUCUCUUGAAGACGUUGAAGCACGUCAACAUUGUAACUUACUUAGGAACCUGCCUGGAACACAACAUUUUAAGCAUUUUCAUGGAGUUCGUUCCCGGUGGCUCCAUUUCCAGCGUCAUCGAUCGCUUUGGCCCGUUGCCAGAAGUCGUCCUUCGCAGAUACACCAGGCAGAUUCUGCAGGGGGUUGCCUAUUUACACGCCAACCGCGUGGUGCACAGAGACAUCAAGGGCAGCAACGUGCUGCUGAUGCCCAGCGGGACGGUGAAGCUCAUCGACUUCGGCUGCGCCAGGCGCUUGGCCCGGCCCGGCCCCGGCGGCCCCCGCAGCGAGACGCUGCGGUCCGUGCGUGGCACUCCCUUCUGGAUGGCCCCCGAGGUGAUCAGCGGGGCCGGCCACGGCCGCAAAUCCGACAUCUGGAGCGUGGGCUGCACCGUGUUCGAGAUGGCCACGGGAAAGCCCCCCCUGGCUUCCAUGGGCAGGAUUGCGGCCAUGUUCUACAUCGGGGCACGCAGGGGGCUGAUGCCGUCCCUGCCCCAGGGAUUCUCCGGCGCCGCCGUGGAUUUUGUGCACGCCUGCUUGACCAGAGAUCAACACGAACGUCCUUCUGCUCUGCAGUUGCUGGACCAUUCCUUUGUGAAAGGCAGACAGUGAAUUUUCCGAAACUCUUGCCAAGGUACUUGCCAGUCCUGUCACACGGUAUUGUUUGAAGCUCUGAGCCACUGCUCCCAUCUCAGGAGCGGGGAGGGUCCUUAGGAAUGCCAACCCACCUGCUUUACACUGGUCUUGGAACUACCAACAGCAAUAGGAUGUAAAAAUUUGCAUCUAAAAAUACAUCUACCUCUUUCCAAGGAAGCAGACACUGAGCCCAGAAAACCUACAGUCUCUUGAGAUUAUUUGGGUUCCAAAUCAGGGCUUUUUCAGAGCUAAGCAGGAACUGAUGCCAUUUCUCCACCCCUCCUGUCAAGUCUCUGGUUCUUGCACAUAAGCAGAAGGGAACAAGAGUUCUCCUGAGGAAGGGCCUCCAGUACACACAGUCCAGUGCCUUUUCUCCCCUUCUUUUCCCUUCUCCCAGGGACCUGCACCAUGGGACAGCCUCAGAAAUUUUACAGGUGUUGUCAAAGAACACAAGCUCUCAACUGAGGCAAGGAAAAUGUUGCCAUUAUAGGUGCAGGAACACAGAGGAAUCAAACCCAGCUAUUGAAGGUCUAAGGUUAAAAAUUGGAUUUGGGUUUUUUAUAUCCAUGUCAGGAGCCAGACAAAGGAAUUCCCAACAGCAACUGGAGAGAACACUCCUGGCACUAGUGAACUACUUUUUUAAAGGUGUAAGAACUUAGGCAUUCCAGAGGAAGGAGGAAUUAAUUAGCUAGUUCAGUUUGGCAUAACUUCCAAGUCUUUGAAGACAUUUACUUUUAGAACUGAUUAUUGGAACGUGCAUUUACAUCCCAGCUAAAGAAAGCAAAGUGUUUGUCCAAUUCCCUUCCCUGCAAAACAAGGAUUGGGAACCCUUCCCCCUUCAGGUCAGAGAGAUGCUUGGUGUACAACUGCCACCCACCCUCACUGCUCAAAUAACCACCCUCCCCUGAAGCCACCCAGCCCCUCCACAACUGCAGGGCACAGGGAGGGAGCAGCUGGAGAGGGCACCAAAUACCUGAUCACCAGCAUGGAAUGGGAGCACAGGAAACAAAUCAGACUUCAGACUUCCAAGCAGUCUGUUAUUUGACUGAUUUGAUCAAAACCAGCAAUGUUUAGCCAAUAACUCAAAGGGGAACUUUGUGUUUCCAACUUGCUUUGUAAAAAUUCAACAUAGGAAAAUGGGAUCAUUUCUGCACAAUAGAGGUGAGGUAGGGAAUUUUAUUGAAAAUACUUUUUUUUUACAAGUUCUUAGAAAUAAAGUUUUUUCUAAUCUCACACAAACGGCUGUACCUCAAAAAUGCAACUAAGCUAUUAUGAAACAUUUCUAUUUACAGUUAGCCAGAAUGUACAGAACUGCCAUGUUAUGCAAAUAGCCAAGGACCAGCUCACAGUGAGAUACAUCAGCCCAGCACUCCCACCAUCAGGAACAGACCACAAUUCAACACAGGAAAGAAUUUCACUAUUCUACAAACCUCAGAUCUCACAAACAGGGAGAUUUUUAAUAGUGUUGUACCAAGGUCCCCACUACAGCAUCAUUUUACAAAUUACAUAAUUCUUGUACUCAAAUUUGUAACAAAAACUCUGUAAGAAGUGAUGAACAAAGGAACAGUGGUGACUUUGAGCCUUUUAUUGCAUUUAUUCAGUCAUUCCUGUGUGAGGCCGAGGCCGAUCCCAUCAGUUUUCAUUCCUUCCCCCCCCUCAGCCAGGCUGCCAUUUACACCAGUCACUGAUUUCAGUCAGGGCAAACUCAUGGCACCUGGAGCAUCUCCACUCAGCCCCAGGGCUCCCCACAUGGAAUUCAGUUCCAGACACAAUGACACGUACAGUUUCACCUAUUUACAAUGGCAUUGAAACCCAAACCCCAUGAGUUUCAUGGACAUCCUUUACAGAGGAACCAAAACCCACUGUUUGGAUCUCAAUGUAGCAUAGCAACAUUUUGUCCACUAUGAUUUCACAAUUUCCCAGAAUCAAAACAGGAGAUAAUUCUUUUGAAACAGCACCUUAAGAGGAAGGCCUAUGCUCAUUCCAAUGUAUAAUAGACAGGCACUAGUUACCAUCCAGACAUUUUAACUCCAGCUUGUGACAGAAACUGCUAUAUUUACAGUACAAUAUAUUGCUUAUCCAGAGUGGCUGUAUAAGAUGCAUUUCAUGGCACACCUAUUUAAACAGACUCAAAAAGAAAGUAUUGUAGUGCUUCAAAGACAAAUUAAGACAGUUUCCUGCUAUGUCAUCUCUCUGCCCAGGCUCUGGUUUAGGACAGUCUAUAAUGCAGAUUACAUUGGUUACAAAUCAGAUCCAGGAGUAGCACUGAGAUGGAAAGGAAAGGGACUAUAAAAGGAUAGAAAAUAUCCAACAAUGCAGAAGUUUGUAACAAGAAGUUACAUUCCCAAUGUAGAAAAAUAACCAAGUCAGUAGGGAUAAGACAGCUUUGGAUUUUGUACACGAGCCUCGACUUAAGCUAAGAUAUAGCAGAAAAUGCAGUCAGGUUUCCAUUUAAAUAUUCCUUAAAGUGUAAAAAAAGUAUCCAUAGUUCAAAUAAAACUUAUUCAAGUAAUUACAAGCGUUUGCAUUACUGGAAACAGAGUAUUACAUAGUAAUUGAGAUACUGUAGUUACAUCAGACAGCAACUACCGACCGGGCUGAGACUGAACAGUUCUCUCAUGUAAAGCACAAGUGAGUAAAGAACUGGAAGGGCAAAGCUGCAGGUGUUCCCUGGGGACUUACAGAGUUAAGGGAGCACUGAGGGAAUGAGCUUAGCAAAAAGUUCACAUCAUGGUCACUUCCGAGUCCAAAGAAGUCAUGGAAAACUGGCUGUUGCUACUAGAAAUCUACUGAGUUCAUGUUGAGGUACUUCAUAGCUUAUGAAUAGUUUGAGGAACAACCCAGAGAGUCAGUUGUCUGCUCUCCAGGAGGCUGAGCUGCAGUACUGGCUUGGAGAGCACAAGGACAUUCACACCCGUCAUUCCUCCUGCAGGCAAAGCCCCUGGGAAGAGCAGCCGAGCCCUGACACGUGCAGGCAGAUUAAAUGGAUGCCAGUGGUUUAACUGGGACACUGAGGGGUUUCCUAACCCCCCCAGAGCUGGAAAAACCAGAACAAGUCUCUUCCAAUUUGGUAACUAAUGACAAGUACAAUGCACAGAAUCACUGGUAACUAUUUUAUUGUUGGAAUAUAAAGCUAGGAUAUCAAUAGUUUUAUUCUUAUUUACUGUGAAGACUGCAUUCACCUGUAAAAGAAAUAUGGCAUCACACACAAGUACACUUUUUGGAUUUCAGAACAUGGGCAGUAUUCUGAAAUGGUAAUAGGAACAGUGACCCUGUCCACUAUUAAAUUAUGAUUCAUUUUUUCUUUUAAAAAAGAUGAUUUUCCCACAAUGACAGCUCUGAACUGCAGUUAAGUCACAUUAAUCUACAUAACCAUUAUUAACAGCUCUGUGUCUAUUUUACUGCAUCAAGCCAAUAAACACUUAAAUGCACUUCACAUCGAAAGAUUAUGUAAACUUUUAUUUUAAUUCCUUUUUCCUUCAGAAAUCUAGGGACAUUUCUGAGGUGUGGCCAUACUGAGUGGGCAGAGCCUACCCCCUUUCCUGCCUCCCUGCUAAUACUGUGUGGUCCUGGAUGCUCCUCCAGUCAAGUGUCCCUUUUAAGCGGCUUCCGAUAAGGCCUACAGUUUAAAGAUAAACAAGACAAAGUGCCAUCUUUGUUUGGGUAACUGAUGGACUCUGGCAAGAUAAAAUAAACUUAUGUGUAUUCUGUUAUACUUACAAGCAGCUCCAAUCCUGAGUAUUUAUGGUAUAUCUAAACAUACAAAAAUGUAUGUACAUUUUUUCUCCACUUCCUUGUAAACAGUUGUCAGUAUACUGUUUUUAAUCCCUUUAUCUUUGAAACAUGCAAAUCAUACAUACAGUAUAAAUACACAAGAAAACAAUGACACUCAUCCAAAAAACUAGGCAACAAAAAGUUGUGGCUGCAGUAUUGAAAAUCAUAAAUAACCAAUGCUCGAGGCAUCCUAUGCACCUAAAAGCGGGCGGUCAUCCUACUGUUCUCAGCUGCAGUCGUAGAAAUACUGAGAGUUUUGCACCUUCCAUGCUAUUACAGUAUUUAGAACACUAUCAUAUGUGGAGAUAAAGACUUGUUUACUAUACCUCUUCUUCUCAGAGUGAAGGAUAAAGCAGCACUUACAUAUACUGAAACCACGGCAGCAACAGCUGGUGUUGCCACUGCUAGAUUAGGAAGUUUUCCAUUCUAACAAUUCUUAAAUUAAAAAAAAACAAAACAAAACCAAA